CGAUUGUUCAUAAAUGUUUUUACAACUCUAAAUCGAGUGGUUUUUGUUACAAGAAUGCGCAUGCAAAUAUUAUAAACAGUUAUUGAAUGUAUAUAAAUUGGACGUUUUAGUCGAGUUAUAGUAGAAUAACGCAGACAUUCCAAAGAUGGGUCGUGGUCGAAUUCGCAAGAAACAAGUGUCCUCGGGCUCAGAAAGCGAAGAUGAGCCGCCAAAAAACAAGCGAUCUCGGCCAAGCAUCCAGUCCGACGAAGAAGAAGAUGAAAUGGUUGUGGAGGCAUCAACGUCUGCUGCGUCUCGGAAGCGCGCCAACAAAAAUGCAACGGCUAACUUUUACCGCAAGACAUGUGAAAAUCCCUCGAAUGGAAUAACUCCUCAAAGCCCAUUCAGCCGCUGUGGGAAAAUUAUGUCAAUACGUUUAAAGAACUUUAUGUGCCAUUCAAAUUUAUACAUCGAGUUCGGGCCAAAUAUUAAUUUUCUCGUUGGCAGUAAUGGCAGCGGAAAAAGUGCGGUAAUCACAGCACUUGCUUUAGGUCUGGCCGGAAGCGCACGAGCCACAAGUCGUGCCAGCAGCAUACAAAAACUUAUCAAAAAUGGGGAGACAAGUGCGACCAUUGAGCUAACCCUAUGCAAUACGGGACUGCGACCAUUCAAAUCAGAGAUAUUUGGUCCUCACAUUACUGUUGUACGCCACAUCCGACAGUCGUCGUCGACCUAUGAUUUGAAAGACGCUCACAAAAGGAGCGUUUCCAAGAAACUGGAAGAAAUUCGUCGCAUGUUACUUUUCUUUGGCAUUAGCGUUGAGAACCCAAUCUUUGUCCUCAAUCAAGAAGCGUCACGUGAAUUCCUGAAAGACCUCGAGCCGGCUUCGAACUAUAAGCUGCUUAUGAAGGCAACGCAGCUGGAUUUAUGCGCAAUCAGCUUAACACAAUGUCACGAGCAACGCGAACGCUAUAGUUAUGAUCUGGAUAUGCUUAAAAUGAAAAAAGAAAGGUUGAAACAUUUGUGCAACGAAGAGGAGGAAAAGUUGAUAAUCAUAAAAAAUAAAGAGACAAUCAAGAUACGAUUGAAAGAGGCUAAUACGAUGCUGGCCUGGUUAAAAGUAACCAGAAUUCAAGCUGAUCUGACCAAAAUGGAGCAUACACUACAAAUAAUUGAAAAGAAAAAUACUGACCUAUCACAGAAAACAACGCAAAAAAACAUAACACAGGACACAUUUUCUCAACAAUUGCAGAAAUGUGAAGUAACAAAGCAACAAAUCCAGGAAAAAUAUCAAUCUCAAGAUGCUAAACUCAGGGCAUCCAAGCGAAUAGUUCAAGAUUGCCUUUACCAAAUUAGUUCAAUCAGGGCCGGCAUCAAGAACGUUGAGAGGCGUCUCAAGGAAGAGCAAACAACAUUUGACGGCUGUCAAAAGCAUAUGAAGAACUAUCAUGCAGACUAUUCUGAGGUUAAACGGUUGAGAGAGCUUAACAACGCCACACUAGCAACUCUUAAGGAAAAGGUUGAGGAGAGUAAAAACCUUAUUUCAAGAUUGAGGGAUGAACAGAACGAUAUAAAGAACCGAAUACCGGCUACCAAAGAACAGGUUGAGUCUGUGAAUAAUGAGAUAAACAACCUGCGUUUAUCUGAGCAAAAAAUGCAGUGGGAAAUAGAUUCACUGUUACGCAACAAAUCAAAUAAAAUGUCUGUGUAUGGCGAGAAUGCUAUGAAAGUUGCGAUUGCGCUACAAACUCAGUAUUCUGGCAGCAAUGCUCACAAAAUGCCGCGUGGACCACUUGGCAUGUAUAUCACUGUACCUAAUCCCAAGUAUCGAGAUCUGAUAGAAAAUCAACUGGCUCAUUGUCUGCGAUCGUAUAUUGUUAGUACAGACAAGGAGCGUAUUUCACUUAGAGCUCUCCUUCAAAAAUCAUACUCGGGAAAUAUUCCUACCAUUGUCACAAGUGCCUUUACAAACCAUGUCUACAAUGUAUCCAAGUACAAAGUUCAAGCUAGGUCACCAAAUACGACGGUUCUGAUGGAUGAGAUAAGAUGUGAUGACCCGGUAGUAAUGAACUAUCUCAUCGAUACUAUACGCAUUGAGACGGUGUUGGUUACCGAUUCCAAAGAGACAGCCGAAUUUUUAACUUCGAAUACAGAAAAUGUGCCACCUAAUUUGACUCGAAUACUGGUUCCUAACUUAGGGCUUGAGUAUUGUCCAUCGCCCAACUAUGCUGUCUACUCAAUUCAAAUUUCUGCGGCACGUUUCAUUCAGGUUAACGUAGAUGAUCGUAUUAAACAGUUAAAGGCCGAGAAGAAUAGUCUGGCAGAGCGCGGUGCAAGGAUGCAUCCACAGUAUGUUGAGGCUAAAAGGAAGUUAGACAUCGACAUCCAGGAGAUAAACAAAAAAAAGCAGCUAAUUGAUGCCCAUCAUUCCGAUAACGCAAAAGCAAUGCAAAAAAUUUUGGAUAUAGAAAAUUUUGAAUACCGAGAAUUACCCGCACUUGAUGUGCUUGAAACUCACUUAACUAGCAGCCGGGAAAAAAUGGAGAAAUGUAAACAGGAACGUGAGCAUUUGGAAGAACAGCUUCGUGAUAUCAACGAGCGAAAGACCAAUGCUGACGAAGAAGUAACAAGUGAACAAAGUGCUCUCGACGCUAUCAAUAAAAAAGCAUCAGAGGUUGAGACAGAAGCUCAGGAAUUACAAAAUAAAAUGCGUGAUUUGGAUCGUCAUUAUGAGGAAAAUCAACGUCGGUAUAAGCAAACCAAUGAGCUGAUGCAGUCGAUGUUAAAAAGCAAAAAAGAAUUGCAGGAUGACUUGGAAAAAGCGCGCAUAGAUGCACAGAAAAUUGGUGACUUCAUCGAUACGAAUAAAACUGAAGAGAAAAUACGCGACAAAAUAAGCAAUUAUAAAGCAAAGAUGAAACACUUCGAAUCAAUGAACAUAAUCAGCGAGGAAGUUGAACACAAGUUGGCAACAUUGCGUGAAAAUCUUAAAACACAAUCAGAUAAUUUGCGACAUAUUUUAAAUAUUGUCGAGAAAUUGCGUAUCGCAUAUCAUACACGGGCUCAACGUUUUCAGCGUUCACGUUACCAUUUCUUUACCAUGGUGCAGUUUCAGUUUAAGCAAGCCCUCGUUUGUCGUAAAUUUGAAGGUGAUUUGGAACCUAAUCAUAGAGAAAAGACGUUGAAUAUCAGUGUUUAUCCACCAAGUGGUAAUAAGACUUCAAAUACGAGAAGUUUGUCUGGUGGUGAAAGGUCAUUUACCACCGUUUCCUUAUUGAAAGGCCUUUGGAGUACUUCUGACCAUCCAUUUUAUUUCUUAGACGAAUAUGACGUUUUCACAGAUGAAGUUAACAGGACAUUUAUUACAAAGCUGCUCAUUCAAGAGGGCUUGGACUUUCAAAACCGACAGUAUUGUUUUCUUACCCCACAAGAUACUAAAGUUGAUGCAAACCAUCUUAUAACAGUGCAUAAAUUAGAAGCACCAGAACAUUGAUACGGGGUUUUCUAAAGUUGCUAGACAACGACACAUAUUAAAAAAAAAAAUUCUGUACGUUUUGUUAAAUUACAUAGUUUUAAUGUUGUUUACCUUCAUAAUGUUCAGUUUAAGGAUUACUGAUUAAAAGUUGGUGAUGUCUUCUUUAUUAUCGA